AUUCUAGAUAUUCGUCUUGAUCAAUUUUGCUAAUCACCCCUGCAAUUUUGUUUAUAUAUAUGCGUACACAGUUUACUUUCUCUUGCCAUCUAAAAUUCGGAUAUCUGUGACCUGGAUGAUCUGUCACGAAAUAAAGUAAUUCCGUCUCAGUUUAGAAGAGAGAGUGUGUGAUCAAAUUGCCAGAAUCAUUACCAUUCUCCUUCUCUGACCUCACAAAUGAGAGACUUAACAUCUUGCUUCAGCGAAUACGCAGUUCAGAUUUCCGAUACAUCGUGCUCCACCUACUCAGCGAAUUCCUGCAUUUCCCCAAACCUAACCCCUUCCGUUCAAAAUGCCGUCACCUCUCUCUACAAAACAACCCUCUCCAACCACAAGCAGAUUCCGGUGACACUGACCUGGACCCGGAACACCCUCUCGCAGGGCCUCACCAUCUCCUUCGGCGACGACCAGUCCACCCCCGCCCUCUUCAAACUCACCACCAAUUCCCGAAUUUUCCGCAAGCUCAAGGGCGCCAAAACCCUCGAUUUCCACACCACCGCAAUCGAGAUCUUCUACGAUCUCUCCGCCGCCCGCUACGACUCCGGCCCGGAGCCAAUCGACGGCUUCUACCUCUUCAUCGCCCUCGACUCCGAGCUCGGCCCCAUCCUCGGCGACGCGGCGCCGGAGGCCUACUUCAGGAGACUCAAAUCGGGGGCUCGAAUCGCCCAAUUCUCCCUCGUCUCGCGGCAGGAGCACUUCUCCGGCAACACGCUGUACUCCACAAAGGCCCGAUUCCACGAGGGCGGCGCGCCGCACGAGAUCGUGAUCCAAUGCGGCGGCGGCGGGGAGCAGCCGGUGCUGUCGGUGUUUAUUGAUAAGAAGACGGUGAUAAGGGUGAAGAGGCUGCAGUGGAAUUUCAGAGGGAAUCAGACGAUUUUUCUCGACGGGUUGCUGGUGGAUUUGAUGUGGGAUGUGUACGACUGGUUUUGCAGUCCGGGCUCAGGCUCAGGCUCGGGCCCGGGAUACGCGGUGUUUAUGUUCAGGACUAGGAGCGGGAUGGAUAGCAGAUUAUGGCUGGAGGAGAAGAUGAUGCGGAAAGAUCAGGAUAAGCAUGAUUUUUCAUUCUUCAUCUUCGCUUGUAAGAAUUUGUGAUUUUUAUUUUGGGGAACUAGUAAUUUUUUUUUUUUAUUUUGGGGGUGCAAAUAAAUUUUGGUUGUUCAAUACUCGUGAAAAAGGGAAUAGGAGCUUAAUUCAAUUUAUUUUUUAUUUUAUUUUAUUUUUCGUUGCAAUUUGUGUUUGUGUAGUUUCAGCGUGAAGAUGUGUAGAUUGGAAUAUAUAGGUUUACUCCAUGUUGUAAGGUUAUCUGUUUUUUGAAGAUUGAAAAUAAAAAUCAUUCUUCUUUGUU